CUCAUCAAAAGUAUCUCUGGUAUUAUACACAGCUUUUGGAUUAGAGCGUUUUGUGAUUCUCGCAGUGCAGCGUGGGAUAGCGGAGGCGCAACCGACCGAGAGAAAUGGAUGUGUUUCUGAUGAUCCGGCGUCACAAGACGACCAUCUUCACUGAUGCCAAAGAGUCCACUACGGUCUACGAGCUGAAGCGCAUAGUGGAGGGUAUUCUAAAGAGGGCACCGGAGGAACAGAGGCUCUACAAGGAUGACAUGUUGCUGGAGGAUAGUAAGACUCUUGGAGACUGUGGCUUCACAAACCAGACAGCCAGACCUCAAGCCCCAGGGACUGUUGGAUUAGCUUUCCGUCUCGGGGAUGAUGCAUUUGAGCAGCUGAGGGUUGAGCCCUUCUCCAGCCCCCCAGAGCUCCCUGACGUCAUGAAGCCUCAGGACUCUGGCAGCACAACCAAUGAGCAGGCCGUGCAGUGAAGGAAGCAGGGAGGGAGGGAGGGACAUGGGGGGGAUCGGGGAAGUGGUGCUUUGGUUGGAUUAGGUAGGUGGGCUUUACAGACUGCUGUAGGGUAACAUGCGAGUGUACCUGUGAGAUCUUUAACUUUGCAGGAAGAACAUGAAUUCCCUCACACACAGAGGGGAGUAUUUUCAUGUUAUUCCUGAACUAGACUCACGCAUGUUUAGAUUAACUUACAAGAUCCCUCAACAAAAAUUUCUGAUUUGUCAGGCCACUGUUAUUAAGGGGGUUGGGAAAAAAACUAAAAUGUAUCAUACCUCCUAAUUUAAUUCAUACAAUUGUUUGGGUUGUUUUUGGGGAGGGUGUUUGUGUGUUUUGGCUUGGUGGGGAUUUGAGAAGGGAGUGGCUAUUACAUUUUUUGAAUGCCCUCUUGCUGAUUGCAUUUGUUUGUUUCUUUAUUCAAUAUUAUUAUUAUUACAAUUUAGCAUUUUUAAUGACUCCUUGGUGUGGUUGUAUGUGGAGCAACAAAGGGUUUGUGAGUUUGUUAGUAGCUUAUCUAGAUAACAUGCGCAUGAAUGGAUCUGAAAUAAACACACAAAGAUGUUGAUGCCAGGACAUUAUAAAAUGUAUAGCAGAACACAUGUACUUACACACGGACGGACACGCACACAGAAUGUUGUGAAGAUUUACAAUCGGUAAAGUUUUUAUUUCAGCGUAAAGGGAUUAAGCUUUCCCACUAUCUGGUUUUUGUUUGCUUGUUUCUUUACUUUUGACCUUUUGCGCUGGAGUUCCUGUGUGUAUUGUUUUCCUGAUUCUGUCCGUACAAAACUGUGUACCAAUUUCACCCCUACCCCCCUUUUUUUUUUGCCAAAGAGGAAAUGGAAACCUCAGUUUUGUGUUUUGAAAUUUUCAGUGGAAAGAGACAGGAAUCACUAAUCUUUUGUGAUAAACAAGCUUGAAGGUACACAUUACUGGUGUUGAAUUGAAAUAGGUGUAAACUGUCUCAAUUAGAUUCAACAAUCUGACUUUGGGGUGGUUGUCAUGCCCUUUUUAAGAUAUGAUGGAAAUUGUUCACCAACAAGCUCUUUUAAAAACAGGACUUUAUCAUACAAGCAACACCCUGUAAUUGUCUUGAGUUGACAUAAAAAAACAAAACAUA